AUGGCAUCAUACUUCGACAUUCCCUCAGGAUCAGAUGCGCCUGCGGCUGGCCAAGUGCCUAAUGAAGAGCGCGGGGAGCAGCAGGGCAUAAGUCUCCUCUCGCCACAAGUCUCACGCAUAUUGGACGAUUUACACCUUGACGAAAGGUCGAGCAGCAGUGACGGUGACGAGGAAGACAACUCCUCAGCUUCAACAAACGAGGAAGAGUCUGGACCCAUGAACGACAGCACCAAGAUUGACGACUCAUUCACUCGAAAGUCACGCCAAGGCCUCUUAUCGACGGGAAGUGCUGCACACGAUUCUAAGACCGAGGCCAAACCAGCGCCCAAGCACGUUAGAGUCACCCCGGGCACUGCUACUGGGGACAAAUCCUUAAAAGGCCCGCGGAGCCAUAUGACACGAUUCCAAUCCCUUCGUAGUACGCUCUUUCAAGCUCAUAUUGAAGACAAUAUGAAGAAGUGUCACCAGGAAGCGCAAUCGCGAGAAGAAGCGGCAACGAAUUGGAAGGCGCAGCAUGAGAAAAGACAGUGCUACAACCGGCCACACACACCGGAGACGACGCCACAUGAGAAAGAAGGGUUCACUCGUCGGAUGGGCAUGAAAAUCCGACGUCUCACGAGUAAGGGACCACCAACGAUGGCCAGCAUCGAGGAGAACACUGGUACUUUGAUGCGUCGCGAGUCAACGGCGACCGACGAUGAAGACGAACCCCAUGGUCAACCAUGGAAUCCGCGACAGAGUUACGAAUCCAGCAUCAACCACUCCGAUGUUGACGAGCUUGUGCGUUGGGUCAGCAGAAGAGAUCCACCAAGCGACGGUGAACGAAAAGCAUCCAACAUCAAAUCAUCCAGGAUGGAAGACAGCGGACAUGAAAGCCUCGGUCAUUCGGACAUUGAUGAACUCGUCCGUCACGCGAGUCGCAAAUCGAUCUCGACAGAACCGGUUGUAGUAAUGCACACCGGAUACAGUGAUGAGUCGACAGCAUCCGAUUCCGAGCAAAGCCAAGAGGACGACGAGCAAGAAGAGGACAGUCUCAGCCGUUGGGUCUCACGACGCGACGGCGCAAACGCAGGUCCUAUACGUCAGCAGCUAAGCGCUUUGCAGCACGAACAGGACACUGAAAAUGAAUUUGAUGUGCCCGAGAUUGGGCAAUGGAGAACGCAUCACGACGACACAAGUGGCGAAUCUGUUGCUGGGAGUGAGAUCGCCAAAAAGGAUGAUGUUUCUGUGCUUGAAGCCAAGCGUGGAAGAUCAAGAGAGCGCUCGCCCAAUUUUGAGGGCAAAGGCCACCUUCACAACGAUGAUGUUGACGAUCUCGUGCGAUGGAUGUCAAGACGGGAUUCGAAGCAGCAAAGCAACCCAGACAUGGAUAACGAGACUGUCGAAAUCAAGCGUAGAGAAAAUGAGAAAAAGCAGCAAGUGGGGAUAAAUAUCGACGACAGGAGUCUUGCACCAGAGGAUAUCGACGACUUGUUGGCACAUGUCAGAGAACGUCAGAUGACCCAUCUGAACUCCAGCAUCACCCCUAUUCACAUCUGA